GUUCCGGCUCUCUCCUCCUCCUCAUGUUAUCGCGUCCGGGCAACAGCCGCAAUCGUAGCUCCAUGGUCGACCUCUUCCGGUGAGGCCAAAACGUCGACCUAAACGCCCUUAAAAUGGCCAUGUGCCGCAAGUACGGCCUCGCACGUGUGCCAAAGCUGGUGGGGAUGAUCGCCGCGCUUCCGGAAUUGGACUGCAAGGUUCUGCUCCCCAAGCUGAAAGCCAAGCCUCACCGAACCGCCUCUAGAAUCACCGUCGUGGCUGUGAUGUCGAAGCCUCACCGGUGCCCUCACAUCGCCACCAUCAGGAAUAUUUGUGUGUACUGCCCCGGUGGCCCCGAUUCAGAUUUUGAGCACAGUACUGGAUACAAGUCUACUAGCAUGCGCGCAAUUCGAGCCAGAUAGUUUCGUAUUGAGGGAAUGCGUAGUCCACCUUGUUCAGACCUUCGCCGGAGGUGAUGGUGUCCCGGGCCAGUUUUAUCAGAAAUGGGCCAUCCUUCCGGGUUGUCGAGCUAGGUGUCGGCGAGAAUCAUGUUCGAACUCUCCGGCUGAGGCGAUUUGGACUUGAACGGGUUUGGCGAUGGCCGGGAUCGGAGGCUUCUUGGCGAGCGACUACGGAUGAAUGUUUAAUGAUUAUGAAUUUUUUUUGUUUUUGUUUUUGAGAAUAGAUGAUUAUGAGUGUUUGAUCUAUGAAUGUUUGCAGAAACCCUAUGAUUGUUUUAAAUUUACUUAAUAGAAUCUGGUUAGGCCAUAUGCUUUGUUGA